AUGAGGAGCGAGGCGAGGCUGCUGUGCGUGCUGGGCCUGCUGCUGCUCUGCGCCGCGGCCAACUUCCAAGGCGCGCACCGCCGCGGCGGCGGCGGGCGGGCGGCGGAGGCCACGGCGGGGGUGGCGGCGGGAGGCCACUACGGCGGAGGGGGCGGAGGCCACUCCGGCGGCGAGAGGAGCGGUGGCGGCGAGAGGAGCGGCGGCGGUGGAGCCCGUCCGAUCAUCUACGGGGCGGGCGCGGGCGCGGCCGCCGGUGCGGGUGCGGGCGCUGUCGCCGGCAGGGCCGCGUCGGGGACGCGCAGCGCCGCCGGCGAGACGCUUGGCCGUGGCGUCUCGGGGGCCGCCGGUGCCGCCGCCAUCCUCGCGGCCGCGGCGCUCGUCCGCUGGCGCUGA